AUGACGCAGUCUCCGAUGAUCUCGGUGCCGCUUAAGGCUACCAACGAGAUCGACUGGGUCACACCGUUGAAGAACUACAUCAGGAACACUUACGGAGACGACCCCGAACGCUAUACAGAGGAGUGCGCCACUCUCAACCGUCUCAGACAGGAUGUCCGAGGUGCGGGUAAGGAUAGCACUUCUGGUCGCGACAUGCUCUACCGAUACUACGGCCAGCUUGAGCUCCUCGACUUGCGCUUCCCCGUCGAUGAGCACCACAUCAAGAUCUCGUUCACAUGGUUCGACGCAUUUACACAUAAAGCUACAUCGCAAUACUCUCUCGCCUUCGAGAAAGCAUCCAUCAUCUUCAACAUUGCCGCCGUCCUGUCAUGCUACGCCGCCCACCAGUCUAGAUCCGAAGAAUCGGGGCUCAAGACCGCAUACCACAAUUUCCAGGCUUCUGCCGGCAUGUUCACCUACAUCAACGAGAAUUUUCUCCACGCCCCUUCCGCCGACCUGAGCCGAGAUACGGUCAAGAAUCUCAUCAGCAUAAACCUAGCUCAAGCGCAAGAGGUCUUCCUCGAGAAACAAGCCGCCGACCAUAAGAAGGUGGGCCUACUGGCCAAGCUCGCCAGCCAGGCUUCGACCCUAUAUACUCAGGCCGUCGAAGGAAUUCAGGAGAACGUAACGAAAGCCAUAUUCGAGAGAGUCUGGCUUCUCAUGGUACAGAUCAAAGCAAGCUUUUUCAGUUCCAUGGCGCAGUAUUACCAAGCCCUAGCCGACAUUGAAAGUAACCAGCACGGCGCGGCGGUAGCCCGACUUGAAGCGGCCGAGAAGUCGGCCAAAGAAGCCGGCCGUCUUGCCACCAGCUUCCCAUCCUCGUGUCCGCCGGGGUCCAACCUAUCUUCCGAUACCGGUGCUAUCCUAGCCGAGGCCACCAAGCGACACCUUUCUACAGUACAGGACAAGCUUCGGGAGAUGGUCAGGGACAACGAUUAUAUCUACCAGCAGAGUGUGCCGGCAGAAGCGAGCCUGGCCCCUGUGGGUAAACUCCCUGCUGCGAAGCCCAUUCCCGUCAGCGAACUCUAUGCCGGCCAGGAUAUCCAGCGCAUUACGGGCCCGGAUCUGUUCGCCAAGAUAGUUCCCUUUGCCGUGACCGAGAUGGCGAGUUUGUACGACGAAGAGAAAGCCAAGCUGAUCAGAGCCGAGACCGAGAAGGUGGACUUGGCUAACGGAGAGCUGGCUGCGAGUUUCGACUACCUCAAGCUACCCGGCGCACUUCAGAUUCUCAAAGGAGGCUUCGAUCAGGAGAUCCUACCAGACGACGACUUCAAGACGUGGUGCGACGACGUUGCCGACCAGGAAAACCCGGCAGCCAUUUUCGAGACCCUCAGGUCGGAGAAGGAGACGAUCGUGUCCCUCCUGGACAAGAGCACGAAACAUCUGGACAUGGAGGAGAGCGUCUGCGAGAAGAUGAGAUCGAAAUACGAGAGCGAGUGGUCGCAGCAGCCGAGUUCGCGUUUGACCACGACCCUGAGGGGCGACAUUCGGAACUACCGCGAGGCUUUGGAAGAGGCAUCCCGGAGUGACGCACAGCUUCUGGCGAAGCUCAGGCAAAACGAGGGCGAAUUCGACGAGAUGCGCACGGCUGCGGCGAAUGGCGAGGUCGACGCUCUAUUUCAGCGGGCCGUGAACAAGGCACGCGUCAAGUCUAGCAGCGCGACCAGUCCCAUGUCCAACGAGCCCAAUCUCCUGGAUGCCGAUUUCGAGGAGGUCGGCCCGAGCGUAUUGGACCAGAUCAGGCACGUCGAGGACAUUAUGAAGAAGUUGCACCUCGUCAAGAGAGAGCGCAACCAGACCCUGAAGGAUCUUAAAGAGAAGGUUCACAAUGAUGACAUCUCAGAGAUCCUCAUCCUGAACAAGAAGAACAUCUCCAACUACGAGCAGCAGCUGUUCCAGUCCGAGCUCGAGAAGUUCCGUCCUCUGCAGAACAGGCUCCUCCAAGCCAGUCAGAAGCAGUCGUCGUUUAUGAAAGAACUCAACUCGGCCUUCAACACUCUUCUACAGGAUAAACGCGUCCGGGCAGAGCAGAGCAAGUACGAGGCCGUUCAGCGGCAGCGAGCCUCGGCCAUCAACCGAUACAAGCGGGCGUACCAGGAGUUCCUCGAUCUCAUAGCCGGCUUGCAGAGUGCGAAACGGUGGUACGAGGAAAUGAGGGAGACGGUCGAGAGCUUGGAGAAGAACGUCAUGGCAUUCGUGAACAACCGACGAUCCGAGGGUGCACAGCUCCUCGACCAGAUCGAAAAGGACAGGGCGUCUCGGAAGGAUGCGCAGGCCGAGGUAGAACGGGAACGCCUCAGGGAGCUCAUGGACCGCAUGUCCAUGGAGCCCAAGAGCUCCACCCCGCAGCCCGGCAAGAACUCCUCGGGUCGCCCAACGCCUGCUCCUCUCAACCUAGGCUCGAACACGUCUUCCGGCUCGAUACCUCGAUAUCCCCAUACCAAUUUCCAAGGACAAUACCAGGUCCCACAGUCCCCUCCCGCCACACAGAUCCCCGGCAUGCAACAGUACCCCAGCUUCGCCCCUCCUCCCAACUCGCAGUCCUUCGCGUCGCAAUCCACCAGCAGCACGUACGGCCAGCCGACAUAUAACCCAAGCCAGUACGGCCGCACGCCGGGCCCGACGUCCCCGCCGCCUCACCAGUCGACCUUCGGACCCGCCGUACUGCGGGGUCCGGCCUCACCUCCGCCGAACCAGACAACCUUUGGACAGACACAGCCACUGCCGCAUCAGCAACCCUACGGAGGCUACCCGGGGCCUCAGCAGCACCAAGCAGGGCACUCGCACAGCUCAUCUCAGAGCUUCGUGCCUCCGGGUUUCGUGCCCCCGCCACCCCCUCCAGGUCCUCCCCCUCUUGGGCCGCAGCAGACUUUCUACGGGGAGAAUUUCCAGCAGCCGCAGCAAACGCCCGUCGGUCAACAUGGCUCGUACCACGGGUCGUACCCGCAAGGCUCGCAUACGCAAGGCUCGCAGCCAGGACCUUCGAAUGAUCCGUGGGCAGGGCUGAGUGCGUGGAAGUGA